GAACCGCCAUCCGCCGUAGUGCCUGGGAAAAGGAGCCCUACUUUGUUGCCGGUGGGGUCUCACGCAGUCAAAUUCGACUUCAAUCUGGACGAAUUUCCCCCAUCUACUGUGGCGCUUUUGACCUCGCAGGAUGGAAAUGAAGAGCUCGUGCUCUUGUUUUGCUUGGUCGGAAAUCCGACAAGAGAACAACAGCAAGAACAGCACAGAGGACAAGGCCGACCACAUCUGGGGAAUGUUUUCAGGGGUUUCGGUACAGAGACUAUUGCGGAGGUUUUCAAGGUGGGCGAGGAGACUGCAAGGAAGCUUCAGGGGCAAAACGAUGAGAGGGGCCAUAUUGUGACGGGUGAUGAGGGACUUCAGGUGAUUAGGCCGCCGUCGGAGUACAGUCGCCGUGAAAGGUAG